AUGCCGUACACUUACACGUCGAUGACCCAAGUUCAAUAUGCUGCUUCAUUGAUUCCCAGCCCCCCCGUGACGACUUAUAUGCCGUUGCGGUCGAUGCAGGCCAUACUUCCGUCCGGUGCUCGCACGACCUCAUGGGCAAGAGACUGCUCUGCAAAUGACCAUGAUGAUCCCUACGGCCAGGCCGAGUGGAACUCCCGAUGGGAUCCUUUCUACCCGAAUGUUACUAUUUCAACGUUUCCUAUCUCGACAACAGUGAAGCCUACUCCCAUACCGUCGUCCUCUCUGCUGCUGCCACCAGACUCCGGAUUCGCUUAUAAGCCGGCGAAUCACAAAAACCCGACCUUUCCUCCUGACUUUAUCUUUGGAGCAGCAUCUGCUGCAGCACAAAUUGAGGGAGCAAUUCAAGCUGAAGGCCGUACACCAAGUGUUGCCGACUACUUUUUCAACUUCCAGCCUCAGCUUUACGAAAAUAAUUACAUAACGGAUUGGAACUAUUAUCUUUAUAAAGAAGACAUUGCACGCAUGGCUGCAAUAGGGCUGCAGUAUUACUCAUUUUCCAUUUCAUGGAACCGGAUACUGCCCUUUGGGGCGGCUGGUACACCUAUCAACAAGGAAGGCGUUGAGCACUACAAUGAUCUUAUCAAUACGUGCCUUGAGUACGGAAUAAAGCCAAUGGUGACCAUGGUGCAUGAGGAUGAACCUUAUGAGUUCAUCAUGGGAGAGCCGGUUCUGGAGAACGCAUAUUUCUCUCGAAAUGCGGGCGCGUCAAACAGUACAUUUGUGGAGUCAUUUGUGAACUACGCCAAAGUACUAUUCGCUAAUUUUGGCGACCGAGUCCCCAUUUGGAUCACGAUUAAUGAAGCUAUAUACGACGCAGGAAAUCUAGACGGUCUGUAUAACCUGCUCGAGGCUCAUACCCAGAUCUACGACAUCUAUAAGGCGUAUGGGGGCAAAGGCAAGAUUUCGCAUAAGAUGUCAGGGACCUUUGCGGCGCCUAUGAACCCGAACAAUCAGUCAGACGUUGAGGCGGCAAAUCGCUAUCAAGAUUUCUUACUCGGAAUCCUGGCAAACCCACAAUGGUUGGGAAUCGAUAUUCCAGAAUCUGUCUCGUCUACGUUGACCAAUGACUCCCAUCCACUGACGAAGAAGCAACUUGCGAGAUAUAAGGGAAAAUGUGACUUUUACGGUAUUGACGCGUAUACUGCAUCGAUAGUCACACAACCACCAGAAGGUAUCGAUGCAUGUGCAAAGAAUCCUUCCAAUCCAUUGUGGCCCACCUGCGUUGUCCAGACCACAGUCACUGGAACGGAUUGGCAGCUCGGGUUUUACUCUGACAGCUACCCGUUCAUUACACCAACCUAUUUUCGUGCAUAUAUGAACUGGCUAUGGGAUACCUACCACCCCAACGCCAUCAUGAUGACGGAGUUUGGCUUUCCUGUAAGCCUGGAGCGAGACCUUACCCUAGAUAUGCAGCGGAAUGACCUCCCGCGGUCGCUGUACUACGAAUCCUAUCUGACGGAAAUGCUGAACCUGAUCCACGAGGACGGUGUCAACAUGAUUGGAGCGAUCGCAUGGACUAUGCUGGAUAAUUGGGAAUGGGGAAGCUUUGAUCCGCACUUUGGGAUGCAAGCGGUUAAUCGCACGACAAUGGAGAGGACAUAUAAGCGCUCCUUUUUUGAUUAUGUCGAAUAUUUUCAUGCUCAUGGGCUGUAA